GUUUCAAAUGAUCUUCGACGCAUAACGUGACAUUUUCGUAACAGUAUCUGGUGUAAUCGGUCGGAUUGUAUAAGCUAUUUUUUAAAACCAUACGGGAAUGCAUAUUUGUAAUUUUUUUAAAAUCAUAAUAACACUUUUAACAUUCACCGGCCACACUAAUGGAUUAUUUUUAACGAAUGGGCAUUGUCAAAAAAAUAUAAGUAUCGAAUACCAGGUCCCGGUAACAAAAACACGGCUUACUACACACCACGACAAUGACAACAACGUACAGCAGCAACUGGAGCAAUACGUUGAGUAUGAGGAGCAUUUACGCUGGGAUACAGCUAUUGUUUGUUGCCCUGGCUAUCGCAUCCUAAUAUUUAAUUUAUGUGAACCUAUUUGUGAAACGACAUGUCCACCUCACAGUUAUUGUGCGGAACCAAAUAAAUGUAUUUGUGAACGUGGCUACGAGCCAUCACAUCAUCCAAACAGAGAACAUCAGUUAAUAUGUCGACCAACUUGUCUAGGUGGUUGUCCUCAACAUAGUCAUUGUAUUGCACGUAACGAGUGUGUUUGUCAUACCGGUUAUAGAGAUAUCAGCGGCUGGUUUGGUACUUUGCGCUGUGAACGUAUCCACUGUGGUCCAGAUCAACAUUACGAUAUUGCACGUAAAAAGUGUGUAAAAUUUGAAAUGAGUAUAAAAGACCUCAAGAAAAAAGUUGGUAAGAAAUUGACUCAAGGUUUAGAUGUAACUGAUACAAACAUGGAUUUGGAUUAUAAGGAAUACUGAGGAAAAUUUA